AUGCAGAUACCCCCUGAGUGGGCCGAGGAGCCGGCGCCGCUUCUCGCCAUGCUCUCGCGGCGGUCGUCGGGCGGCGGCGAGGUCGCCGCGUCGCCGGGCGACGACCGCUGUCUCUCGUCGUCCGAGCCGGCCCUGUCGCUGCAAGGCUUCACCAUGUCACUAGCGGAUCACUUCUUGCCGCGCUCACUCGGCCGUGGCGGCGGACCUGUUGCGCACGGCGUGGCGGUGGCGCGCGAUACGGCGCGCCCCAUGCCCAACCCGGCCAUGUUCAAGCUGGGCAGCAGCCGCACGGACGGAAAUCCCAUCCACAACAUGUACGAGAUGGGCAAGCAGGUGGCCACGGCCGGGCCCGAGAUGGUCUGGCGCAUCCACGAGGGCCACCGCAAGACGGACGGCAAGGAAGUUUCCAUCUUCGUGUUCGAGAAGAAAUGCGCCGAGAAGCUGCACAAGCCUAAACGCCGGGAAACGGUGACUGAGCUGCUGCGUGCGAGCGUCAAACAGCUGGAGCGGUACCGACACCCCAGGAUACUGCAGGUGAUGCACCCGGUGGAGGAGUGCCCAGAGACCUUAGCCUUCGCUUCUGAGCCAGUACUCGCGUGCCUGGCCAACGUCCUGAGUCCCGCCAGCGAAGGUGACAGGAGCAACGGGCACGGCUUCGCCAAGGACUACUCCUUUCUGGACAUCGAGCUCAAGUAUGGCAUCCUCCAGAUCACGGAGGCGCUGUCUUUCCUGCACUAUUCAGCACACAUUCUGCACAGCAACGUGUGCCCCAGCAGCAUAUUCGUCACGAAGAGGGGCACCUGGAAGCUCGGUGGUCUGGAGUUCUCAGAGAAAAUUGGCGAACAAGACGGCACGGAGAGCAUCCAUUGUCAAGCGUGGUCGUCUCGAAUUCCUAAAAUGGCGCAGCCUGAUUUGGAUUUCAUCGCGCCAGAAAUCCAGACAACAUCUCAGUGCACGCUGCUCAGUGACCUCUUCUCCCUGGGCAUGGUCAUCUGCGCCGUCUUCAACAACGGCAAGUCGCUGAUCGAGGCCAACCAUAGCAACACUACUUACAUGAAACAGUUCGAAGUGCUUAGUGAUCAGCUGAAGAACACGCUGAUGAAGAUUCCGGUAGCGCUCCAGGAGGCGGUGGUGCGCCUGCUCAACAGAGAUCCCCGUCAGCGGCCCACCGCGCAGCUGCUCUCCCUCAUCAAAUACUUCAGCGAUCCAGCAGUUCAUGCCUUGCAGUUUCUUGACGUCAUCAACAUGAAGGACCCUAGCCAGAAGACUAAUUUCUUCCGGAACACCUUGCCAGAGGUUCUACCGUAUAUACCCAGGAAGCUGUGGUUCCAGCACGUGUGGCCGUGCCUGCGGGAGGAGAUGCUGGCGCAGGAGGUGUUGGCGGCCGUGCUGCAGCCCAUCCUCUACAUCAUAAGCGAGAUCAGCCAGGAGGAGUACGAGACCAUCAUCCUGCCCCGAUUCAGAUGUAUUUUCUGCUGGCCCAAGUCCAUCCAGGCUUCUGUGACGCUGCUGGAGAACCUGCACAUCAUCCUGGAGAAGACGCCAAAGGAUGAAAUCCAAUCGGACGUGAUGCCGAUCCUCUACAGCGCCCUGGAAAGCAACACCGCCCAGAUCCAGCGUGCCUGCCUGCUGGCGGUCCCCAACGUCGCCGAAUACAUCGACGAGGAGGCGGCUCGCAAACUCGUCUUUCCACGGGCCAGGGCCAUCUAUGAGAAGAACUCAAUCGACUUACUGGUGACGCUGUACAUGCUGCUAGCGCUGGAGCGGAUCCUGGACAAGCUUGAGAGGCGCAUCAUCCUUGACGAACUGCUGCCGCUACUUUGGGACGUGCGACUGCAAGACCCAGACAUCAUUCAGGCUGCCGUCAACGUUUACAGGGUGAUGUUGACAGACAACAAGAAGUAUGGACUCAGCGUGAACCUGAUGGCCACUCGGGUCAUGCCGUCCUUGCUGCCUCUUACCAUGAACGCGGCGCUGCACCUGGACCAGUUUACCAGCCUGGUGGAGGUGCUGCAGGAGAUGCUGGACACCAUUGACAAAAACCAGCGGAACAAGCUGAAGCUGGAUGACCUAGUGCUGAACUCGCCGGACCAUCGGCGGCUGCCGGCGCUGCGGCACCACAUCUCUUCGGACAACAUGGCGGCCGUGACGUCCGGCGCGCCCACCUUCCACAUUCCCAACCUGCGCGUGGAGUGUCGGCGCAAGACCAACAGCGCCGAGGACUUCAGCAGAAAGAGCUCGGGCUCGGCCGGCUCGUCAGGCCCAUCAUCGCCGGACAGCAAUCUGCUGCGCGUGCACUCGGCCAUGAUCGGGCGGCGCCUCUCCGACAACGAGCUGCUCAACCCGCCCAAGAUUCGUGUCGGCUCCUACUCGUGCGGUUCGUCGACCAGUGACCUGCGCGUCGGCCAGCUGCCGAUCCGGCGCCACUCGAGCACGUGCCCGAGCGAGCGGCGCGCCUCCGUCUUCAGCCUGUCGCCCCCUAUGGUGCAGCUCGAGAGGUCAGCUGCCUGUCGUAGCCGGCCCAGCCGGAACUAG